AUGGGCGCCGGCCGUGUCUGCCGCGGCGGCCCCUCCUCCGCCCACCCCGCCGCCGGCGCCGCCGCGGGGCGGCCGUUCCCGCCCCUCGCCGCGUCCUCCUCCGCCUCCCCUUCCUCGGCCCCCUCCGAGACGGCGUCCUCGUCGGUCACCAAGACGGUGAACGGCUCCCACCACUUCAAGAUCGCGGGCUACUCCCUCUCCAAAGGGAUCGGGGUGGGGAAGUUCAUCGCCUCCGAGUCCUUCAACGUGGGGGGAUUCGACUGGGCGAUCUACUUCUACCCCGACGGGAAGAGCGGCGAGGAUGGCGCUGCCUACGUCUCGCUCUUCAUAGCCCUUGCCAGCGAGGGCACCGAUGUGCGCGCGCUGUUCGAGCUCACGCUCGUCGACCAGAGCGGCAAGGGCCAGGACAAGGUGCAUACCCACUUUGGGAGGUCGCUCGAGAGCGGCCCAUACACCCUCAAGUACCGCGGCAGCAUGUGGGGCUACAAGCGUUUCUUCAAACGAACUGCCCUGGAAACAUCAGACUAUCUUAAAGAUGAUUGCCUUUUAGUGAACUGCACUGUUGGCGUUGUUCAAUCACAUACUGAAGGACCAAAGAUAUACACAAUUCCAGUACCGCGGUCCAACAUGGCUCUACAUAUUGGUCAGCUAUUGACAAGUGGAAAGAGGACAGACAUUGCAUUCGAAGUUGAUGGAGAGAUGUUUCCUGCCCACAAAGUGAUUCUUUCAGCCCGGUCUCCUGUUUUUAGGGCACAACUUUUUGGUCCGAUGAAGGAUAAGGACAUGAAGUGUAUAAAGAUUGAAGACAUGGAGGCUCCAGUAUUCAAGGCCUUGCUCCAUUUCAUGUACUGGGAUGAGUUGCCGGAUAUUGAAGAGCUUACUGGUGUAAAUACAACUUGGGUAUCCACCUUGAUGGCUCAGCAUUUACUUGCUGCUGCAGACCGUUAUGCAUUGGAGAGAUUAAAAUUGCUCUGUGAACUUAAGCUGUGUGAAGAUGUUGCAAUAAACACAGUGGCAAAUACUUUGGCACUGGCUGAACAGCACCACUGUUAUCAGCUAAAAACUGUUUGCUUGAAAUUUGUGGCUCUGCCUGAGAAUUUGAAAGCUGUCAUGCAAACCGAUGGGUUUGAUUAUUUGCAGCAAAGCUGCCCAUCCAUCCUAACCGAGCUUCUUGAAUAUGUGGCCAAGAGUGGAGGCUUCUUCAGGGGGUACACGAAGCUGUGCAAGGGCCUCGCCGUCAUAUUGCUCCUUGUGCACCUUGUAGUCCAGCUGUUCCCGUCCGCUGUCACCUAUCUCACGCUUAUCCCUGGAAGGACGAUCCCUUUUGCUUGGAACCUGCUAACUGCUGGCUAUGUCGAGCAAACAAUUCCAGGGGUGGUUGUCAGCAUCAUCGGUCUUCUUUUAUUUGGGAAGUUCUUAGAACCUCUAUGGGGUUCAAAAGAGUUAUCAAAGUUCAUCUUUAUUGUCAACUUUUCAACUUCUGCUUGUGUCUUCAUGACUGCUAUUGUGCUGUACUAUAUAACUCAGCAAGAGAUCUACCUGUAUACUCCUCUUUCUGGAUUUUAUGGGGUUCUAUCAGGAUUGUUGGUGGGCAUUAAACAGCUUUUACCUGAUCAAGAGCUUAAUCUUUUUGUGCUAAAGAUCAAGGCAAAGUGGAUUCCAUCUCUUGUUGCAUUGAUCUCCAUUGUUGUAAGCUUCUUCGUAAAUGACUUGAUGUCUUACCUCCCAGUUCUGUUGUUUGGCAUUUAUAUGAGUUGGAUCUACCUCCGUUACUUUCAAAAGAGACUUGAGACUGGCCUGAAAGGAGAUCCAAGUGAGGAGUUCUCUUUCUCAAGCUUCUUCCCUGAAUUUGUAAGACCAAUUCUCGACCCAAUAGCAUCUGUAUUCCAUAGGCUACUUUGUGGAAGAUCCGAAAGAUCUGAUGCCAGGGGACAAACAUUAGAUACCUCACCACUGCCUGGUUCAGAUUCAAUUGAGGCAAACAGGAGGAGAGAGAGGGGUCAACGGGCGCUGGAGCAAAGAUUAGCCGAGAAGCUGGCUGCAGUCAGAAGUUCAGAGGGCACAUCACUGGAUGCUGCUGACAAAGUUUGA